CCGCUGCUGGCCGUCAUGAACGCGCUGCUGCUGGCCUGGAAGGUGAAGCUGCCGCCCAUGAUGGAGAUCGUCACCGCCGAGCAGCUGAUGGAGUACCUGGGAGACUAUAUCCUUGAUUCAAAACCAAAAGAAAUCUCUGAAAUUCAGCGUUUAAACUAUGAACAGAAUGUCAGUGAUGCAAUGGCAAUCCUGCAUAAGCUUCAGACUGGUCUUGACGUGAAUGUGAAGUUCACUGGGGUUCGAGUAUUUGAGUACACGCCUGAAUGCAUAGUGUUCGAUCUUCUUGAUAUUCCAUUAUAUCACGGGUGGUUAGUAGAUCCUCAGGUUGGAGACGUUGUGAAAGCAGUUGGUAACUGUAGCUACAACCAGUUGGUGGAAAAAAUAAUCUGCUGUAAGCAGUCGGACAACAGCGAGCUGAGGGAGGAAGGCUCCAUAGCAGAGCAGUUCCUCAGUAGCACGGCCACUCAGUUAACUUACCAUGGCUUGUGUGAGUUGACAUCCACCGUUCAAGAAGGAGAGCUGUGCGUGUUCUUCAGAAACAACCACUUCAGCACCAUGACCAAACACAAGGGUCAGCUUUACCUUCUGGUGACCGACCAAGGUUUCCUCACCGAAGAUAAAGUGGUGUGGGAAAGUCUGCAUAAUGUGGAUGGGGAUGGGAACUUCUGUGAUUCUGAAUUCCACCUGCGGCCUCCAUCUGAUCCGGAAACUGUGUACCAUGGGCAACAGGAUCAGAUUGACCAGGACUACUUGAUGGCCUUAUCUCUGCAAGAAGAGCAACGAAGCCAAGACCUCAGUUGGGAGCAGCUCCCGGAGGACGUCGGUGACCUCGAGCUGGCCAGGAAGCUUCAGGAAGAAGAAGAUCAACGGGCCUCGCAGUACUACCAGGAGCAAGAGCCAGCCGCCACCGCCGCUGCCACCGCUCCCACUAUUCCCACCACCGCUGAAGGCCAGCAAGCACAGGACGUCACCCCUCCCUCAGUGGGAAGGCAGCCCAGGGCCAGUGAGCUGAAGAGGAAAGAACCGCGGGAGAAGGAAAGGGAACGGGAGAAGAGCAGCUGUGCUAUUUUAUAG